GUGAUUUGGACCGGCGUUUGGGCAGCGUCCUGGCGGCGGCCUUCAACGACCAGGACACUUUGCACGGCCGUGCCAAGCUGUUGGACGCCUUUGAGGGUCUCCUGGAACGACCCGUGAUCCAAGCGGAGUUGGUCAGUCGACAGAAGGUGCUUAUCGCGCAGUAUCGACAGGAUGUGGAUGAGAUCCAUGCCAAUUUUAGCUCCAAUCAGGAGAAGGUUGACACCUGCGAAACAGGCAGAGCCGACUACAAUGCACCCAUCUUCUCCAACCUGCCUCCUGUGGCGGGCGCGCUGUCAUGGGCGCGCAGCUUACGAACGCGGUUGCAGGAGCCCAUGCCAAAGAUCCUGGCCUACAACGAGUUGAUGAAAGAAGUGCCCGAAAGCUUUCGCGCUCGGGCCCUCGGGGUUUCUGCUGGGUUUCCAUGCUGA